AUGUUGAAGGCAAGCUACGGCAGUGCCACUGUGACUACGGACCACACAGUGAACCCACCGUGGUCUGCGCUCAUUCAACGGAGGAGGAGGAACAGCGACAUGACGAAUAACUCGGACGCUGUCGCCCCCUCCGGCGUCCCCUUUGGGGGGCGCUCUGCCCCCCGCCACCCCCGCCGUACGCUUCUGGCCGCCCCCAUGGGCUCUAAGGUCAGAGUUGGGAUUGCGCACUCGGCAGCAAUUGUCGCCCCCUACUGGCAGAAGACCGAUGCCGGCAUGCAGGCCAGGCCGCUGGCGGGGGAGCAGGGAGGGGGCCCAGCGGUCCCUGCCGAGGGGCCGCGGGGCCGAGCGGGGGCCCUGCACCGGGCCCUGUGGCUCCUCGAGACGCUGGCGCUGGGGCACAGAGACGUGGCGGACACCCGCCUGGGCCACAGCCUCGGGUCCCGCGAGGUGAGGUUCACGCUCACUCGAGACAAAGACAAAGCCCCCGGCGACACCGCUACGGGGGGUGGGGGGGCGCCGUGGGGGGCGCCGUGGGGGGCGCCGUGGGGGGGCCCGGCCCCUACCCCCCCCGCCCGGGCCGUGUUUGGGGGGAGGGCGGCGGGGGGGGGGCGCUACCCCAGCAGCCCCGGCGUGUGGGGGCACAGCGAGACCAGGGUGGAGACGGACCCCGUGCGGGCCGCCCUCGAGUCCGAGCUCUCCUUCUACGGCCUCAGCCUCUCCGACCUCUCCCCGGCCCAGGUCGCCGCCCUGGUCGCCGUGGUAACGGACGGGCAGGGGAGCCCCCCUAGCCCCCCGGUCGCCGCGGAGACGGGGGGAGGGCGGCAGGGCCCCCCGCCGGGCCCGGACGGCGAGGAGGUAGAGCGCGGGAGAGUGAGGGGGGGCCCGGUGGGCCCGGUGGGCCCGGGGGGCCCGGUGGGGCCGGGGGGCCCGGGGGGCCGUCUCGGGCCCCCGGGCUCCUGGGAUCUCGAGAGACUCCUCGGGGGGGGGCGGCACGGCUACGAGGAGGAGGAGGAGGAGCAGCAGGGCCCCGAGGGGGGGCCGCCCCUGCCCAGCCGCCCCCUCGCGUCACGUGACCCCGCCGGAGCAUCGCCGUUGGCCGUCGCUCCGACCCCCGCCGGCCUCCCGGGGGGGGUCCCCGGCGUGGAGAGCCCCCCGGGAGGGGUAGGGGGGGGCACCACGAGUCUGGAGUACGGAUACGUGGUCGCUGAUCACGACCCUCUGAGUGUGCGGGAUGGGCUGCUGCUCAUGGAGGCGCUGUCCCACAACCUGGGGAUCUCCCUCACCUCCUUCACAGACGUCAACGUGAUCGGCCCAGCGCUCGCGUUCCAGAUCGGACAGAACCAGCAGAACUUGUCGGUGUCCAGCAUUGCCGAGGCCGCAGUUCGGAAGAAAGCGCAGCUCGAGAAGGACAGCGGAGUGAGGAUCAUCCAGAUGGGCGUGGGCGAGCAGCAGCGUGUGGGUCUGCAGGUGGUGCCGCGGCCUGGCCGUGGCCAGGCGGCGUCCUCCCGGCGCCUGCUGGCGCUCUCCGUGGUGCUGGCGGCGUGCGUGGGCGGCGUGCUGGCGGCGGGCGCCGUGCUCUACUGCCUGCGCAGGCGGCAGGGGGGGGGCAAGGGGGGGGGGCACGCGGGGGGACACGCGGGCGGCACCGAGCCCAGCGCGGACUACCAGGAGCUGUGCCGCCAGCGCAUGGCGGCGCGCUGUGCGGAGCGUGGGGAGGGCAGCCCCCCGGCGCCCGCCCACGGCUCGCGCGUCAGCAGCGUCUCGUCCCAGCAGAGCGACGCGGCCCAGCGCAGCCCCUCGUCACGCAGCAGCUCCUCGUCGUGGUGCGAGGAGCCCGUCGCCUCCACCAUGGACAUCUCGACCGGCCACAUGGUGCUGGCCUACAUGGAGGACCACCUGAGCAACAAGGAGCGUCUGAGCCGCGAGUGGGAGUCGCUGUGCUCGGAGCAGGCGGACCCCGCCGUGUGCACCGUCGCUCUGGCGCCGCAGCACGCGCACAAGAACCGCACCGCGCACUCCACGCCCUACGACCAUGCUCGCAUCGUCCUCAAGGCCGACGUCAACCCCUCCCACUCGGACUACAUCAACGCCAGCCCCAUCAUGGACCACGACCCCCGCAGCCCGUCCUAUAUCGCCACCCAGGGGCCCCUCCCCCACACGGUCGCCGACUUCUGGCAGAUGGUGUGGGAGCAGGGCUGCGUGGUGCUGGUGAUGCUCACACCGCUGAGUGAGAACGGCGUGAGGCAGUGCCAGCGUUAUUGGCCCGACGAGGGCUCCAACCUCUACCACAUCUACGAGGUGAACCUGGUGUCGGAGCACAUCUGGUGUGAGGACUUCCUGGUCCGCAGCUUCUACCUGAAGAACAUCCGCAGCGGGGAGACGCGCACCCUCACGCAGUUCCACUUCCUGAGCUGGCCCGACCACGCCGUGCCCGCGUCCACACGCUCGCUGCUCGACUUCCGCAGGAAGGUGAACAAGUGUUACCGUGGCCGCUCUUGUCCCAUCAUCAUCCACUGCAGCGACGGGGCAGGGAGGACGGGCACCUACCUGCUCAUCGACAUGGUGCUUAACCGCAUGACCAAGGGCACGAAGGAGAUCGACAUCGCAGCCACACUGGAGCACAUCCGCGACCAGCGUGCAGGCAUGGUGCGCACCAAGGAGCAGUUUGAGUUUGCGCUCACAGCUCUGGCUGAAGAGGUGAACGCCAUCCUCAAGUCGCUCCCCAAGUGACACGGGCAAGGAGAUGGAGGAGGUGGAGGGGGUGGAGUGGCUCAUGAGAACGAUGCGGAGGUGGAGUACAGGAAGAGGAGAAGGGAACAUUGAAGGAGGUGGAUGUGGAGUAAGAGGUGGAAGAGG